AUCAAUGAGCGGCAUGAUUUACGCGCUUGUUCUCGAGCAAUUCCAUGUAGGAAGAAGACUAUAUAAAGAGAUCUGUUCAAAUCAAAAUCUGAAAAGUAAAGUCUACCCUCUCACCAAGAACUACAUCAACAUCAUCAUCAACAUUAUCGUCAGCUUCACGAGUAUUCUUGCCUUCAGUGAUAUGAAAACGUCGUCGGUGUGGUCGCUAUCCGCCUUUUGGGAUCGCCUUCUCGGGUGGUUACUGCCCACCUUACCCUCACCCAGUUUUUUCUCCAACCCUAUGAUGUGGGUAGAGCGCCAGAUGCAAGAACACGAACAUUUAUUUCACAUCCUGUCCAUCAUUCUCAUCCUGUGCAUCAUCCUGGCUUCUUGUUUUGCCUUGUCCGUCCUCUUUCUCGCCGUGUUCCAUGUCUCCAUUUCUUACGCUUUAUCGGCUUUUCAACGCACAGUAGAAACAAUACGAACAACAAUGCCAUCACUCAUUCCCGCAACCUCCUCUACUACGCCUGGUACCGCUAUUGACACAUCAUCAGCAGCAGCUCCUGGACCGUCUUCAGCGGCCGGGGCUCAAAAUAAUACAAUAGAAGGAAUUGAACCGUUAACAAUAACGGAAGAGCUUGAAAUCAUUAUCAAAACUCUCGGCAAUCAGCGAGAGCAUACCGAUGCAAUUCUCACAGCUCUCGGCGACCAGCGAGUGCGCAUCGAUGCAAUUGUCACAACUCUCGGCAACCAGCGAGAGCACACCGAUGAAAUGGUUAGGGACCUGCGGAACACACUCACUGUCGAACUUCAGGGAAUGCGUCAAGCAUUAAUCGCUCUCGAAACCCGACAGGCUGAAUAUCAUCUAAAUCAACGACAGAUACAAGAAGAUGAAGCGGGAGAAAUCAGAAGUGACGACAAUUACACGGAAGAAGAAAAAGAAGAAACAGAGAAGGACAAAGAAGAAGCAACUUCGUCGUCGACAACGGAAGAAGAAACAGAAGAGAAGGAUCAAGAAGAAGCAAGUUCAUCGUCGACAACGGAAGAAGAAAAGGAGGAGAAGGAUAAAGAAGAAGCAAGUUCAUCGUCGACAACAGAAGAAGAAAAAGAGGAGAAGGACAAAGAAGAAGCAACUUCGUCGUCGACAACGAAAGAAGAAGUAGAAAAAAAGGAUAAAGGAAAAGAAGCAAGCACUUCGUCGUAG